AUGAAGAUCACCCCGCUCCUCGUGCUCCUCGCCACCUUCCUCGGCUGUGCUAUGAUCCGCCAGUCGGAGGGCGCCUCCAGCACCACCACCACCUCCGCCUCGGCCACCACCACCACUGCCGCCUCCGCAACCACCUCCGCCUCGGCCGCCACCACCACCACUGCCGCUUCGGACUCCACCACGACAACCACUGAAUCAUCAUCACUAGUCGCAUCUGGCACAAAAAAGCAGGUCAUAAGACAUGAAAAACGUAAGCGCCAUAGGCCCAGAAAGAUCAGGCGAACUAAAAGGAGGGGAUACGGCGGAAGUCGCAACGGUAAAGGACGCAAGGGGCGCAAGGGCCGCAGGUCCGACGACUGA